AUGCUGAUGGCCAUGGGGCAGGGGCACGUGAGUGUCUCCAUUCCUGCUGUCUCUCUUCCUUCCUCAGGUGCAAGGUCUUCCAUCUGCAGCUGGUCAGCGCUGUCCAGAGAGGAUGAGGAAGCCCUGGAGUUCAUCCGGGACUUUGUGAGCGGCAGACAGAAGGAAGAGGUGCAGAAGCUGAAGUUUCUCGCAUCCAUCUGCACCCUCUGCAGAGGCAGCAGCUCCAAGGCCUUGUCGUGGGGCCUGGAUGUUUUCUGCUGCAGAUACGAGCUGGCCGAGCAUAUCAAGGUGCUGCUGGAAGAGGAACCCCUGGACCAGCUGGGCACAGCAGUACGUCAGCAAGCCAUGGUUGCUCUCACGGCAAUGAGUGCAGUGGAGCCAGUUCUGGAGGGCCAAAAGAGCAGCCUGCUGCAUGCCUGCUUCAGGAGUGUCUUCUUGCUUCCUCCCAAAGAAGACAUGGAGAAGCUGGACACAUCCCUGUAUUCCAAGACCUUGGAGAGCAUGGACAGCAUGCUGGAGGUGCUGGUGCUCAAGUCUGCCACUUCCAGCCUCCUGGAGCUGCAGCAUAUCUUGCAGCUCCUGUUGCCCUUCACAACCUCGGAGAGAGCAGCUGUGCGUGAGAGGGCCGUGGGGAGGAUUGGAAGGCUGAGCAACUUGCUGGCCAACUAUUCCUCGCUGGAGGUCUGGUGCCCCUUUGGAGGAGUUGAUGAGAGCCCCACCUGCUCUGGAAAGAUCUCUGUCCCAAUGCUGGGACAGCUGGUGGGGCGUCUCAUCCUUUGCUGCGCUUAUGAGGACGCGGAGACGAACCGUGGCGCUUUGGAUGCUCUUCAUUGCCUGUUCAGAUUCGUCGUGCAACGAAAACGCAGGGAGCCCUUUCAGGAUGAUGCAGAGCAUGUAGAGUGCCAGAAGGAGGUGGAAGCUGAGGAUGCGCUCUGCCUUUGCUGGACCAGCAACAUCAGUGUGAUCAUGAGGCUGUUUGUGAAAAACCUCCAUCCUUCUGAGGCGACCGACGUCAUUGUAACAGCCAUGGAGGGCAUGAGGAACUGCAGCAGCUACAGCACGGUGGUGGCUACCCACCUGCUCAACAUGUUCAUGCUGGGUGCUGUCUCUGCGCUGGAAGACGUGCCGCGGAUCAUCAGGUGCCUCUACCGAAACCUGAAGUACGUCAGGGAGUUCUCGGCCCGGGUCACGCUAAACAGGACCCUUUGCCAGCUGGCCUGCUCGAAGCCUGCUGAGGUGACCGUGAGCCUGCUGUACUGCUCGCCACUGUGCAACAGCACCGCCAUGACCCUGUGGAAGGUGCUGAUGGCUAAGCCGCUGGUUGCGAGAGACGUGCUGCGGGAGCUGCUGAGCUUGCUGGAGGAGCGUCCACUGCGCAGGCAGUCCAGCUGCGAGAGGGACAACAGCUGCAUCCUUCCCCUGGCCGCAACGAGAGCACUGCAUGCAAUCGUCCAGGAGCCCGCCUGCGCGCAGGUGGUGAAGGCGUUUUUCCCCCAGUUCUUCCUGGCGCUGCUCUUUCAGAUGGUCUUCACAGCAGAGUUCACCCGCCAGGAGGCCAACAUCUUCCUGAGGGAAUGCCAACGGGAUGAGUCCCGUGCCUGCAGCCACGUGAGGUGCUGGAUCCCAGUGCCCCGUCUCUGCUUCGGACCUGGAGGCAGGGCCAGGCUGGCCGUGUGACGUGGGCUUUGCUCCAUGCAGGUGCGCUGUGGAGGCCAUGAAAGGUCUCUUCAGCUGCGCUGGCUAUCAGCGUGCAGCCCUGGCUGUUGAGAGGAAGGGUGGCUGGGAGCUGUUUCUGUGUGCAGAGACAUCUCAGAGGGGAGUGUCUGUGCUGGCCAGGUACAGCCCUUUUCUCCCUGCUCUCCACCAGCACCUCUUCCCUGGACUUGGGGUGCCCCCCCAGUGUCCUUCCCUGUGGGUGAGGGGGGACCCCAGUUCUGCAAGAGAGGAGCUGCAGCCUGAGCACUUGUGGCAAGGGGUCCCCCAGCAAAAGGGCCAUGGGAUCUGCCUGCCCCAUUGCUGGGCAGCUGGGAGAGUUGCUGGGGGAGCAGGUGGUGUUUGGAGU